AUGGGUUCUCCGGCUCCGGACUUAGAGGGCCAGCCCCUUGGAAAGGACACGAAGCUGCCUCUGCGGCCCGAAUAUCUCGAUCCACGUCCACAUCGCCGCCAUCCUUUCUCUAGCUUUGUGCCACGCAAAAAGUUUCAAACCUGGACAAGUUACCAAGGUCAAAAAGCUCGUAUCGAUAAUUGCGGAAAAUGGGCCGAAAUUGUCGAGCAAGAAUUCGAAUCUAUGCACGAAGAGACUGAAAAGAUUCUGCGAAUCCAAGCUCACCUCUCGGGAUUGCCGCAAAAGACUGAAAACAACGAUGCUGCACCCACAACACCACCGGAACAAUUGGGAGCUGCAACUUCCACUCCUUCACACACCACAUCUAUGGAGGACAGCGACAAGAUCGACAUUGCCUUUGUUGCAAGUCUACACCACGCUAGUCUCAGGCGUCUAGAACUUCUGGUCGAUUUUAUCAAAUAUGAGAGCGAUCAGAUCUCAGCUGACAUGCGUGAGAGCGAGCCGACAUUCUCUCUGCUAAUGUCUGUCAUCACUGUGCUGUGGUCUUUGUACACUUGGUGGUGGAUGUGGUUCUUGCUUUAUGGUGUGCCCUGGAGCCUGAAGCCUUCCAUAACGAUCAUGAAUCUGUGGAUCACGAUUUUCCUCAACAUGUUUGCAGACGCUUCAAGAAAGUGA